AUGACGACCGUCAUCUCCAACUCCGGUCAUGAUGAUGUGAUUCACGAUGCGGUCCUUGACUACUACGGGCGACGACUCGCAACCUGCUCUUCCGACAAGACCAUCAAGAUCUUCGAGAUAGAGGGCGAGCAACACAGAUUGACGGAGACUCUGAAAGGACACGAGGGCGCAGUAUGGGGAGUUGCAUGGGCGCAUCCAAAGUACGGCACCAUACUCGCCUCGUGCUCUUACGAUGGGCGCAUUUUGAUCUGGCGGGAGCAAAACAACCAAUGGCAGCGCAUAUAUGAGUUCACCCACCACACUGCAUCAGUCAACCUCGUGGCUUGGUCGCCACCUGAGACGGGCUGCCAUCUUGCAGCUGCGAGCAGCGAUGGAAACGUCAGCGUCCUAACCUUUGAGAACAAUAACUUCAGUCACGCCAUCUUUCAGGCUCACGGUCUGGGCGUCAACUCGGUCUCGUGGAGUCCUGCCAUCCUGCCAGGUCAAUUGACCAGCGCACAAACUGGGCCACAAACGGCAGGACCUCAGCGCAGAUUCGUCACGGGCGGUUCAGACAACCUAGUCAAGAUCUGGCAGUACAACCCGAACACUCAGAUUUACGAUAACAUCACGACUCUGACAGGGCACGCGGACUGGGUCAGAGAUGUCGCUUGGUCGCCCACGCCGCUUUCGAAAACAUACAUCGCGAGCGCGUCACAGGAUCACACGGUGCGCAUAUGGACUUUGCCCGCCGGCGCCGACAUUGCGGAUGCUAGCGCUUGGAAGAGUGAAGAGCUGAACCUGGAUGUUGUGGUAUGGCGUGCUAGCUGGAGCAUGGCAGGCAAUGUGCUGGCCGUGUCUUGUGGAGAUAACAGGGUCAGCUUGUGGAAGGAAAAGCUCAAGGGUGGAUGGGAAGUUGUGAAGACGAUGGAAGAGUAA